AUGGCGUUACUACCCGCCCUCUGGAAUGUACCCCAGGAAGAGACGCUUCGCACGCCGACACCCCCCAUCUCCUGCACCCACGCUCACCCUUCGCACGCCGACGCCCCCAUCUCCUGCACCCACGCUCACCCUUCGCACGCCGACGCCCCCAUCUCCUGCACCCACGCUCACCCUUCGCACGCCGACGCCCCCAUCUCCUGCACCCACGCUCACCCUUCGCACGCCGACGCCCCCCAUCUCCUGCACCCACGCUCACCCUUCGCACGCCGACGCCCCCCAUCUCCUGCACCCACGCUCACCCUUCGCACGCCGACGCCCCCAUCUCCUGCACCCACGCUCACCCUUCGCACGCCGACGCCCCCCAUCUCCUGCACCCACGCUCACCCUUCGCACGCCGACGCCCCCAUCUCCUGCACCCACUCACCCUUCGCACGCCGACGCCCCCCAUCUCCUGCACCCACGCUCACCCUUAGCACGCCGACGCCCCCCAUCUCCUGCACCCACUCACCCUUCGCACGCCGACGCCCCCAUCUCCUGCACCCACGCUCACCCUUCGCACGCCGACACCCCCCAUCUCCUGCACCCACGCUCACCCUUCGCACGCCGACGCCCCCCAUCUCCUGCACCCACGCUCACCCUUGUCACGCCGACGCCCCCAUCUCCUGCACCCACGCUCACCCUUCGCACGCCGACGCCCCCAUCUCCUGCACCCACGCUCACCCUUCGCACGCCGACGCCCCCAUCUCCUGCACCCACGCUCACCCGGCGCACGCCGACGCCCCCAUCUCCUGCACCCACGCUCACCCUUCGCACGCCGACGCCCCCCAUCUCCUGCACCCACGCUCACCCUUCGCACGCCGACGCCCCCAUCUCCUGCACCCACUCACCCUUCGCACGCCGACGCCCCCAUCUCCUGCACCCACGCUCACCCUUCGCACGCCGACGCCCCCAUCUCCUGCACCCACGCUCACCCUUCGCACGCCGACGCCCCCAUCUCCUGCACCCACUCACCCUUCGCACGCCGACGCCCCCCAUCUCCUGCAGCCACGCUCACCCUUCGCACGCCGACGCCCCCCAUCUCCUGCACCCACUCACCCUUCGCACGCCGACGCCCCCAUCUCCUGCACCCACGCUCACCCUUCGCACGCCGACACCCCCCAUCUCCUGCACCCACGCUCACCCUUCACACGCCGACGCCCCCCAUCUCCUGCACCCACGCUCACCCUUCGCACGCCGACGCCCCCAUCUCCUGCACCCACUCACCCUUCGCACGCCGACGCCCCCAUCUCCUGCACCCACGCUCACCCUUCGCACGCCGACGCCCCCAUCUCCUGCACCCACGCUCACCCUUCGCACGCCGACGCCCCCCAUCUCCUGCACCCACGCUCACCCUUCGCACGCCGACGCCCCCAUCUCCUGCACCCACUCACCCUUCGCACGCCGACGCCCCCAUCUCCUGCACCCACGCUCACCCUUCGCAUGCCGACGCCCCCCAUCUCCUGCACCCACGCUCACCCUUCGCACGCCGACGCCCCCCAUCUCCUGCACCCACUCACCCUUCGCACGCCGACGCCCCGUCUCCUGCACCCACGCUCACCCUUCGCACGCCGACGCCCCCAUCUCCUGCACCCACGCUCACCCUUCGCACGCCGACGCCCCCAUCUCCUGUAUCCACUCACCCUUCGCACGCCGACGCCCCAUUCUCCUGCACCCACGCUCACCCUUCGCACGCCGACGCCCCCAUCUCCUGUACCCACGCUCACCCUUCGCACGCCGACGCCCCCCAUCUCCUGUAUCCACUCACCCUUCGCACGCCGACGCCCCAUUCUCCUGCACCCACGCUCACCCUUCACACGCCGACGCCCCCCAUCUCCUGCACCCACUCACCCUUCGCACGCCGACGCCCCCCAUCUCCUGCACCCACGCUCAUCCUUCGCACGCCGACGCCCCCCAUCUCCUGCACCCACGCUCACCCUUCGCACGCCGACGCCCCCAUCUCCUGCACCCACUCACCCUUCGCACGCCGACGCCCCCCAUCUCCUGCACCCACGCUCACCCUUCGCACGCCGACGCCCCCCAUCUCCUGCACCCACGCUCACCCUUCGCACGCCUGCACCCACACUCACCCGCUUGGGGCAGAGGUUGCAGCAGCAGCAGCCAGAAGCACCAGGGGGACAAAGCCAUUUCUCUGUGUUCUUAUGCAGGGCAGGAGUGCCCAGAAGCCAGAGGCUGGGGAAGCUGGUGGUCCCAGGGGUGUUCAGCCGGACUGGGGAGCAGGGAGCUUGCUGCCAGGGAACAGGACCUGUACCAUGA